AAUAAAAUUUUUGAAAAGAUGUCUUAGGAUACAAAAUAUUAGUUUAUAUUCAAGUAUGAGGACGUUCAGAAUUGUAUUAUUUUAUUAACAAAACAUCAUCUGGAGCUCAGAGAGCCCUGGACACUGUUCCGAGCUCUCCUGCUCCUGAUUCUGUGGCCUUAGUGCCAAAACCCAUGUGAUCUUGAUUAUAAGAACGUGAUAACUAACUUGAGAUCAACAACGAGGGACCUCACAGUCACCCUUCCAGCAGGGUCGAGACUAUAUCUUCUCUGUCGGAGCCUGACUGAUGUCCCAGAUCUGAUGAACCCCUUGCAGGUGGGGAGGCCAGCCCCAGUCAAGGGAGUGCUUGAGGGUCAGGGAGAUGCUGUCGUAAGUUCCAAACACCCACUUAGAACUCUUCUUUGGUAGCACCUCCUCCCUUAACCUUCCUUAGCUGAUGGCAUUAUGGCUCAGUAACUAGGCACCUAGCCUUUGGAGUCAGCCUGCUUGGGUUCAAAUUCUGGCUCUACCUCUUAGAGGUAUGUACUUGGACAAGUUGCUUAGCCUCUCUGUGCCUUAGCAUCCUCAUCUGUAAAAUGGGGAUAAUAAUAAUAGCAUCUGCCUCACUGGGUGGUCACGAGAAGGGAGUUAAUACACCUAGAACUGUAUCUGGCCUGGCAUAGAGUUCUAGAAGAACUUAGCAAUUCUUCUUCUUCUUCAUUAUUAUUAUUAUCACUAUUGUGCUGGUCUAAAAUAUGUCUCUGACUCCUUCUGGAAUGCAGUGAGUUUCAAAAUUAAGUUGAAUUUAUUCAUAAUAGAGUCAUACCAGCUGUGAACAACUAAAACCACAUUUAUAAUUAGCAUCUGUUUUACAUGGAGCCCAAAAGUUACGGUCUUCCUGUCCGCCCCUGAGGUGGCCGUCCUGCUCUCUGCCUCCCUCAUUUCCCAGAACUCCUCAGGAAAACUUCUUUCCCAUCUAAAUGGAGAUCCCAACAGAGACUUAAACCUGCUGAGCUGGAAUCUGGUUUUGGAUGAGACAUCACAUUCUGAGUCAUAAACCACACACUGCCAGACCCUCUUCAAGGCCCCUGGCUUCUCAGGCUUGUCCCCGCAGCUUGCUUUCGACACCCUCUGCCCCAGACCUCCAGGCUGGCGGGCCUGCCUGGCUUCGUCUGCAGGUGGACAUCAGGACAUAUCUACUGCAGCACCGUUUCAAGGCCUGCUGUUCCCGCGGACCAGACCCGAAGGGGCGAUCCUAUCAGGGCAGUAUGCGGAAACAGGGGGAAGGAAAUGGAUUACUUCUCCUGAAGGAAUGUUGGUCUUUAGGUUUAAAUAUUUAUGUACCCAGGCUAAGAAUUCUUGGUACAUGAUGCACCAGCAUUUUUUAACAAGUCAUGAAUUUUGGCGAAAAAUCAAUGUCCAGGGGGUGGAGUGGUGGCUGGAGGAUCUCUGAGCGUCUCCUCUUAGAAUACUGGACACUGCGUGUGGAGCCUCACAGGAGCUUGAAGCGGAAGCCGCCCUGCUCUCAGCCCGGGUCUGUGGGUCCUGUGUCCGCCCCUCGGCUUGGGUAGCACCAUCAACCUUCUCGGAGAGACCUUCGCCUCAGAUCCGACCCGAGUCAUCACAACUGGUGACUGCACUUCCUCUAGACUGAACUGAGAAUGAGACUCUGGGCCUUGGCAACUCUAACUCUAACACUUCUUAUACAUUUCCCAGCAGCAAACUCUAGCAAGUCAUCCUGGGGUCUGGAAAAUGAGGCUUUAAUGGUGAGAUGCCCUAGACAAGCAAGAUCUCGAUACCCUGUGGAUUGGUAUAACUCAAAGUCCAAUAAAACCAUUACCACCCAGAAAGGAAAUCGUGUAAUUGCCUCAGGGGAACGUCUUAAGCUUCUCCCAGCCAAAGUGGAAGAUUCUGGAAUUUAUACUUGCAUUAUCAGAAGUCCUACCUUCAAUAAGACUGGAUAUGUGAAUGUCACCAUAUAUAAAAAACAACCAGAUUGCAAUAUCCCAGACUACCUGAUGUAUUCAACAAUCACUGGAUCAGAAACAAAUUCCAGAAUAGAUUGUCCUACCAUCAGCCUCUACAAUUGGAUAGGACCUGUUGAGUGGUUUAAGAAUUGUAAACCUCUUCAAGGCCCAAGGUACUACAUGCAAGGGACAUAUUUGCUGAUUGACAGUGCAACUACUGAGGAUGUGGGUGAUUAUACAUGCAAAUUUAUGCACAAUGAAAACGGAACCAGUUACAGUGUGACAGCAACCAGAUCAUUCACGAUCCAAGAUGAGAAAGGCUUUUCUUUCAGUCCAGAAAUUAUAGCGCCUCCACAAAAUGAAACAAAGGAUGUGGAAAUCGGUAGAGCAGCAAACAUCACUUGCUCGGCUUGCUUUGGGAAGGGCACUCAGCUCUUGGCUGCUGUCCUGUGGCUGGUUAACGGGAGCAAAGUUGGGAACUGGAGUGAAGCAAGAAUUUGGGAGGAGCAAGAGCAAAAUUUCAGUUCCAGCAACCAGCUGAGCUGCCUGAGCGCCGUCCUGAGAAUCGCGCGCGUGCGGGACGAGGACCUGCGGCUGCGGUAUGAAUGCCUGGCCCUGAACUUCCGCGGCCUGAGAAAGCACACCCUGAGACUGAGGCGGAGAAAGCCAAUUGAUCAUCAAAGCACCUACUACGUAGUUGCAGGAUUUGUCAUAUUGUUAAUGCUAAUUAGUACCAUGAUGAUAAUGCUGAAAGUGUUCUGGAUUGAGUUUGUUCUGCUCUGGAGGGACAUAGCUAGACCUCACAAGGCUAGGAACGAUGGAAAGACCUAUGAUGCUUAUGUUAUUUAUCCAAGGAACCACAAAGAUAGUCCAGAGAUGAUCAGUUCUGUGGAGUACUUUGUUCAUCAGAUUCUGCCAGAUGUUCUUGAAAAUAAAUGUGGCUAUAACUUAUGUAUUUAUGGGCGAGACAUGCUACCUGGAGAAGACGUGGCCACUGCGGUGGAAACCAACAUCCGGAAGAGUCGGAGGCACAUUUUCGUCCUGACACCUCAGGCGGUGCACAGCGAGGAGUUGGCCUACGAGCAGGAGGUCGCCCUGCACAGUGCCCUCAUCCACAACGACUCCAAGGCCAUUCUGAUAGAGAUGGAGGCCCUGAGUGAGCCCGGCCCACUGCAGUUUUCGGGGCUCCCGGGGUCCCUCCAGCACCUGGUGCAGGUGCAAGGCACCAUCAGGUGGAGGGAAGACCACGUGGCUGACAAGCGGGCCCUGAACUCCAGGUUCUGGAAGCGCGUGAGGUACCACAUGCCCGCGCCAAGCACGCUCCCCAGGGAGACCUCCGGGCCGGCAGCCUCCACCGCCCACGGGCAGUAGUGCCUGCGCGGGUGUGCGAUGCGCCAGAUGGAUGGACUCCAGAUGGACCACUGUCUGCAGUGGCGCUGGGGUUCAAGAGGUGGGAAGGGCAAGGGUAUUUGAGUCCCCCCUGUAAUCUAGAAACUUUGCUUCUGUUUUCCUGAUUCCAGGUGGUUAUAAAAUGCUUUCAAAUUGUUCUCUUCAAUCUCCCUCGCUCACCCCACCUUCCUCCCCUUCUCCUUGGCCAGCUUUUCUCCACUGAGGCCUGCGGCCUUGCUGUUCGCCCCUCCUAUUCCUCGUCAGUGUCCUGCCUUUGGAACAUCACACUCAGUUUUAGCAUUAAAUUUUACUAAGCUGGAAGAACACUCGGACUCCCUUGUGCGGAAUGUUGGUAGCGGAUCUUGUUCCCACAGGCCGGACUGACUAUAUUGUACUUGAUCAAAGCUUAGUUUUACCAUCUCAGCACUGCCUAUUUUGUUGGAGUGCCUUACCCACUUGCUGUUACAAUCACGUUGUUUAC